AUGCAAACUGUAUAUGCAGCAGCUUCAAUAUCAACACAAAUUAUGAUUGCAACUGUAAUAGUCCUCUUCUUUGUAGUAGCCCUUUGUUUCUUCCUUCAUAUGUAUGUCAAAUGUUUUUGGGCACAUAAUAAUGAAGACCCUGACGUGGUGUCAUGGCGCCGCCAAUUAGCCGGUCAGCGCCGUGCUGCAGCCGUCCCUGCGCAUCGCCGAGGUUUAGACCCUGCCGCGCUACGGUCGUUGCCUAUUCUGGUGUACAACCCCAAGGAUUUUAAGGAUGGAUUAGAAUGUGCUGUUUGUUUAAGUGAAGUGUCAGAAGGAGAGAAAGCUAGGCUUUUGCCUAAAUGUAAUCAUGGGUUUCAUGUUGAGUGUAUUGAUAUGUGGUUUCAAUCUCAUUCAACAUGUCCACUUUGUAGGGAUUCUGUUAUCUCUACAACUAGUAAUUCGUCGAAUGAUGAUGCUAAUAAUGAUCUUGAGUUGCAAGAUGAUGAUGGUUUGUAUUGGUCGGAUUCUAAUUCGGAUUCUGAUGAUGCUACUCCAAGGGCAGCAGAUGCACCUAAUUUUCCUACAAAUGUUCUGUUUUGGGGUGAUGAAACUCGAGUUAGCGCGUUUGGACAAGGUGCAAAUGCUGCUGCUGAUGCCUCUUCAUCAGCAUCUUCUUCUGGUGUCAAUAGGCCAAGAUUGGAUGAGAUGGUGAUUGAUAUACCAAGUCGCGAGUUUUGUGAGGAUUGCUUGUCGUCGCCACCACGAGUGGAGGAGGCGAAAACUCCGGUGAUGACGAGGUUGAGAUCGUUGAGGAGGUUGUUAAGUAUGGGACAGGGGAGUAAGGUGGCUCCCUCUAAUUGUGAAGUUGAUCAACAAGCUUAAACCACAAAUAUUCAAGUUUGUUGAUUGCAAUUUGAUCAUGUAUAGAUUUUAUUUACUCCGUACCAAUUUUAACAAAUUUAUUUACUUGGUAUAUAAGAUGGGUGAUUGGUGGUUUUCUUAAAUAAAAGAUGAAAAA